AUGCCGGAAAAAUCAAAUCUGAAACAUGAAGAUCGGGAACGCAUUGCCAAACUUUUCAAAGAGCUCGAUGUCGACAAGGAUGGUCGAGUCAGUGUGGCCGAAUUGGCCUCAAAAAUUAAGGGUUCAGAGCAGACAUCAACAGCAGCGAAAAUAAUUAGGCGGGGCGACGACUCCCAAUCCAAAUCAACAAUGACCUUCAGUGAAUUCCUUGAUUACGUGACAGAUACAGAAACACAGUUAAGGCUUGCUUUCAGACAGAUGGACAAAAACAAUGAUAAUGUUGUUGACGCCUCAGAAAUACGAGCCGCAAUGCUGGAACUGGGCGUAGAGAUCGGUCAGAAGGAAGCUGAAAAGCUGCUUCGCAAAGUUGACAAAGACGGGUCUUUGAGCAUUGACUAUGACGAAUGGAGGGAUUUCCUUUUGCUAUCUGGUAAAACUCAGCUCAAUGACAUCUUUCACUACUGGAGACGCGCCUCUGCCGUCGAUAUUGGCGAACUUGUUCAGGUGCCCGACGAUUAUACAGAGGAAGAGAAGAAAUCUGGCGAAGCCUGGCGAACAUUGCUGGCAGGUGGUAAGCAAAUUAUUUGGUCAUAA